AUGCAGACUGCUUCUACUAACAUUUGUGAAAGAAUUGAAUAAGUCCAUAUGUGAAAUUUCCUUGCUACUAAAUAUCCCACAGACAACUGUUAGUGGUAUUAUAACAAAGUGGAAGCAACUGGAACAACAGCAGCUCAGCCACGAUGUGGUAGGUCACGUAAAAUGACUGAGCAGGGUCAGUGCAUGCUGAAGCACACAGUGCGCAGAAGUCGUCAACUGUAUGCAGAGUCAAUAGCUAAAGACCUCCAAACUUUGUGUGGCCUUCAGAUUAGCACAACAGUACAUAGAGAGAUUAGUGGAAUGGGUUUCCAUGGCCAAGCAGCUGCAUCCAAGCCUUACAGCAUCAAGUGAAAUGUAAAGCUUUGGAUGCAGUGGUUUAAAGCACGUGACCACUGGACUCUAG